AUGGCCACUCUCACCAAAGUCGACUCUGCCAUCGCCGGCCUCCCUUCACCAGCAGAAGCCAAGAAGACAUCGAAGAAGGAGUCCACAAACAAGAACCCAGACGUUAUGAACAUUAAAGACCUAGAAGGACUAGGAAUCGAGCUGCAAAUAGCCCCAGAGACACAGAAGCUCAACUGGAAGCUCAACACUUCCCCAGCCUCCCUAGAGGACAAGGAAGUCCUGAAGAAGUUCCUCACCACUCCACCAGUCAAAAGGAUUGAUCUGCAAUUCCCUCUUGGCCUCGAGGUCACCGCUCGAAACCUCAAGGGUGUAACCAUCAAGGACUCUCUUGAUGCUAUCUACAAGCAAUUCAAAAAGAAGGCUGAUGAUGAGCUCGAUAACCCCAUCCUAGCUGGAUUCGAGUGGGAUAAAGAGGAGUCGUGGACAAGACUCAUUGUACAUCAGAAGAAGGAGGGCGCACCGCCACCUAAGAAGAGCAAAAAGAAGGGCGCUGCUGCUGAGUAG